GGUUAACUUACGGUCGCUUAACAUUUUUAAGAGGAUGUUUGAUCCACGAGCAACGUUUGAAUAGGGAAGGAAAUCAUAAUAAAAAAUGCACAUCUUAUAAUCAUACUUAUUAUAACUAUCUCUUUUCUGAUCCUGUGGAAUACCAGCUAUUUCAGUGUAGUGGAAAUAUUUUCAAUUGCACUGCAGUAACACGUUUUUCAGCUGCUUUAACAAUGCGUCUUGAAAAUCAGCUCUAUCGAUUAUCAAUUGAUGAGAAAUUAAAUAUUAUAAAAACUCAUCAGUGGAAUGAUCAACUUACGAACUCGAUAAAACCACUGUUAACAAAAAAUACUAAUUCGAAUGAGAUAUGUAAAUGUUACUGUGAUGAUGAGUCUCAAAGAAAUACUAUUCAAUCAUUUUGCCAAGAUAUGGUUGAAACAGAUUCACUUCUAGGAUAUGUUCUUACUGGAGUUCGGUUCAAGAUAAGAGAUCGAAUAGUGUAUUUAGAAAUCCAACAAGGGAAACUAGUUAAUGGCAAUAUUGAUCUUAAAACAGUUCAUUGGAAAAAUUCACAACCAUGUAGAUAUUAUGGAGUGUUGAACUACAACCAUCGUUCUCUACAACUAGAUGAUGUACUGGCUCCUGAAGGUUAUGCUAUAACAGGAUUAUUUUGGAUAAGAUACCACAAGCGAACAGCCUACUUUGGUUUUGAAAAAGGAAGAUUGAUAUUAGCAAUCAAAGCAACAAGAGUUGAUAAUCAUGGAAAUUUAGUACCUGAAAAAUGGUUGAUACGAGAGAAAAUAUCAGCACCAAGCCGGGUAUUGCAUGUUUUUAAUCAAUAUAUUCUUUCAUCUCCAACAAAAAAAAGUCAAGAACUUAGCACUCCUAACAAGCAUUACAUCAAGUUCCGAACGACAAGUUGGUCAAAGGAUUUUGCUCAACAUGUUGUUCCUUUCAUCGAUUUACAAGAAGUUAUUUCGAAUUCUUCUAAACUCGUUACUGGAGUGGGUGUUUAUUAUAGAAGUCGUAAACAAUAUGGUGGUUUUAUUGCUCUAAAACUCAUCAUUAAAAAAUCAAUCAAAAUUUAUUAUUUAAAUAAAUCACUGUAA